UCCUUAUGUAUUUUUAAACACAUUCGAUAGUCAUCAUGACCUCGAACAGCGAUAACCACAAACAGCAUUAAACACAAUGUCGGCGUACAAACUAUUAAUCUUAGUUUUCUCUGCAACCUGUUUAAGUUUCGAAGCUAGCGACCCCACUGUUACAACCCCGUUGGGAAAAAUCCGUGGCCACUACAAAACAUCUUUCAAACACAAAAAAUUUUCCGCCUUUGAUGGUAUCCCAUAUGGUAAGCCACCAAUUGGAACGAAACGCUUCGAGGCACCACAACCCAUCGACAAAUGGGACGGAACGUGGGAUGCAACCCACCUCCAAGAGUGUGCCCAAAUUCACACCAUUUAUGGAAAAUCGACAAUGUCCGGUAACGAAGACUGUCUAUACGUCAAUGUUUACGUCCCCCGAAUCCUUAUAAACGUCACUGACAAUCUAGACGUAAUCGUACACAUCCAUGGCGGCGGUUUUAGUACCUUAAGUGGUCACAAUUACGCCCACCCUGGAUAUCUAAUGGAUCACGACGUUAUCUUCGUCACUUUCAACUAUCGUAUAGGGAUUUUGGGUUUUUUGAGUACCGAAGAUGACGCUAUUCCUGGAAAUAACGGUUUCAAAGAUCAAGUACUAGCUUUAAAGUGGGUUCAAGAGAAUAUAUAUAGUUUUGGUGGUAACCCUGGGUCGGUUACUUUGACUGGAGCGUCAGCUGGGGGUGCUAGCGUUCACUUGCACUAUCUAUCUCCCAUGAGUGUUGGUCUUUUCCAUAGGGGUUUCUCGCAAAGUGGGUCUGCUUUAAAUUCAUGGGUGGUUCAAGCGGAAGCUUCGAAUAAAGCUAAAACUGUGGCUUUAGCGGUUGGGUGUCCCGAAGCACCCACCCACAAGCUAAAAGAGUGUUUGAAACAACGACCAUAUCAACAAAUUUUGUCCAAAAUGAGUUUGUUUUGUGGUUACAAGAAUCAUGCGCCGGUUCCGUUUAAUUUGGUUUUAGAAAAAGGCUCAAACUCAUUUCUGUCCGAGCACCCAUAUGGAUUACUCGUAACGGGGCAAGUGCAAGAUUUGCCGUGGUUAGUGUCUUUCGUGGAACAUGAAGGUUAUUUUAUAGUUGAUGGGUUUAGGGAUAGAAUCGAGACCAUGAACCAGAAGUGGGAGCAAGUGGCGCCCUUCAUGAUCUACUAUAACUACACAGUUGCGAAAAAUCACUGGGGCGAUGUGGCAAGACAAAUCAAAGACUUUUAUUUAGGAAAAAACGAAAAAUUUGCUGGUAGCAAUUUUGACAAUCUCGUUAGGCUUGCUGGGGAAGGAGUAAUGAUUCAUGGUGUUGUGAAAUCAGUACUGGUACAAGCUGCAGUUACCAAUGCUUCUGUGUAUUUGUUUCAUCUGAGCUACACCGGAGAUAAAAACAUUAUUUCACACGGUGAUGACAAUCAAUAUUUUUAUUACGGUGAAAACGAGAAAGCUUUGACCAAAAAUCAGCUUAAAAUGAAGGACAUUUUCAUUGACAUGUUGGUUACGUAUGCCAAGACCGGUACACCAAGUAUAAAUGGAACUGUUUGGGAACCAGCCAAAGAUGAUCAUUUAAACUUUUUGAAGAUUUCUUCACCCGAGAAGCGACACAUACAUAUGGAGACCAACAACGAUUUAGGGAAUCAAAAUUUUUGGGACUCAUUAGAAUCUUCCGAAAAAAAUUAAUCUGGCUGUUAUUUCGACGUCUUGUGGUCAUGUGUGUCAAGUUAUUGAACAGAUAAGCACACUCGACACAAGUACUUGAAUAAUGUAAUUGAAAAUAAAAUCUACAGAUUAACGGCAA